GCCUUCGUUCUUCAAAAAGUAGUUCUGCAAAGCUUUUCUCAAAGGGCGAAAGCAAGCCUAGCUUUUUUCUGUUCCUAAUAUAUUGCUACGGCCGAAGGCAGAGAUCCACAAGAAUGAAGACUUUAACAUCCUUGUUGAUUAUUACAACCAUGGCAUGCUACAUAUGCUCUGUCUAUGCGCAGGCGAAUGGGCUGAAGGUGGGUUAUUACCGCCAUAAAUGUCCUCAAGCGGAAUCCAUUAUAAAGAGAACCGUCUCCAAAGCCCUAAAAGAAGACCCUACAUUAGUAGCUCCUCUAAUCAGGAUGCACUUCCACGACUGCUUUGUUAGGGGUUGCGAUGGUUCAAUUCUCAUAGACUCCACGCCCGACAACAAAGCGGAGAAAGAGUCACCUGCAAAUUUUCCAAGCCUUCGAGGGUUUGAAGUGAUAGAUGAAGCAAAACGGGAAAUUGAGGCCAUUUGCCCUCAAGUGGUUUCAUGUGCAGACAUCAUUGCAUUUGCUGCUCGAGAUAGUGCAUCCAAGGCAGGUAAAAUGAAUUGGCGAGUCCCAGCCGGUCGAAAAGACGGGAGAAUCUCUAAAGAAGAGGAUAUCAUCGGGAACUUACCUCCUCCAUCUUUCAACGUCCAAGAGUUAACGGAUAUAUUUGAGAAGAAAGGUCUAUCACAGGAAGAUAUGGUAACUCUUUCAGGUGCACACUCCAUUGGCGUAUCACAUUGCUCUUCAUUUCGUGACAGACUUUACCACUUCAACAACACAGGCGCUGCGGACCCCACACUGGACUUUCAACUGGCGCAGCGACUCAGGCUUACCUGCCCACCUGCUGAUACUCCCGACCCAACCGUAGCUUUGGAGGGAACUACCCCCACUCGGCUUGACAACAGAUAUUACACACAGCUUUAUAGAAAGCGGGGAUUAUUAACAUCGGAUCAAACGUUACUUUCAACUCCUUCCACACGAAAUAUGGUGAAGAGUAACGUGGUGAAUCCAUCUAGUUGGCGUAACAAAUUUGGUGAAUCCAUGGUGAAGAUGGGGAGUAUCGAUGUGUUGACGGGAUCGGCGGGUGAAAUACGAAAGAACUGCCGCAUCGUCUUGUGAAGAAAUUUUC